AUGGAAGAGGACUUCAACGAAGCUGACGUUCUCUGGCCGGACACUGCCACCCGCGACGCCGCCGAACGCAACGAGUCUCCAGACUCUCCACCACCAUCCAGGGCACGGAGGACCCCGCCACCCCCGGGCCCGCGCGUAAUGGUGUCGUCGUGCCCUGUCAACAUCCCCGCUCCGAGCCGGAGAUCUUCCGAACUCGGCCAUGCCUCUGACGACGACGAUUAUCCUCCGCACGUGAUGGUGGAGAUGAGGGAUGCGGCGACGUCGCUGACGACGCCGGGGUCGACCGUCAGGAGGGAGAAGGGGCGACGGCUUUGCCGUGUGAGGAACCUGGUGCUGCAGAUGACCGGAUUCAUCGAGAGAUGA